CCGCUAUCUGGUGAAUUAGAAUUAUUUCAGUCGUAUUCUAAGGCAGCAUUCUCGUACAUCUCAGCCCCUCGCAGGUGCACUUGUUCUUGACCCACACACACCGGGAGGUGGACUCCUGGCCUUUCUCGUAGGCUUCGAAUACCGUGUCGAGGUACACAUCCUCCUUGCACGCCACCCCCGUGUCCUUGGCCUUCUUGCAGGUCUCCUUGCUCUCGAACUGGUUGCACGGGUCAUAAGCUGCAACCAAACAGACGUGCUCAUGUGGUGGUGCCCCCCUGGCUGGGAGGGCUGCUAUAGCAGUGCUUACCUCUGGUCUGCUGCGUGUGUUGGAUGAAUCCGCCCGGCCCGCCUUUGUCGGCUCCGAUGUUGGCCAUGAGGGUCUGCCCCAUCUGUCGGUUGGCGGCCUCGAUGGAGUUGAGGGCCUCCUCGUGUGUGGCGAUGGCCGCCCGGUGCGUCGCUAUGGCGGCCCUGUGGAACGCCUUGCCUCGCGCCAGCUGCUGCUGGACGGCGGCGAGCGACACCUGCAGAUGGGCGCCAGACGCCAAGUCAGCAGAGGAACCUGCACACAUCAUGCGGACGAGCCCCCAAGGCAUACACACACAAAGGGACAGACAGAUGGACAGAUAUCCACUUGUUCUCUCCCUUUGCUGAGGUCGUGUGUACCAGUCUCCGCAAAGGAGGGUGUCUCCCGGGGAGGGGGCUUCCACUCGCCAUGGCCUGUUGUGCGUACACACACACACACACACACACACGUGUGUGCAGUGCAUUGGACACAUGGGAAUCGCUAUUGGCUCUUGCGAUGUGUCCAUUGCAUGUGUCGCCUUGUCACGUACCAAGGAAGACGAAAGCAUGUUUCUCCUUGUCGCUGUAGGUAAUCUCGACUUUGCCGUCCGCCCCGCGCAUAUCGCUACUCUCGACCCGUAUCAGCUGCACCAACCAACACGCAAACACACCAAGAGCGCGCCACUGGACUGACGUAUAUAUACACAUCCUGUCAUCGUCAUGGGAGCAACUGACCGCAUCUGUUCUGAUGCAGUAUUUGUAUUCCUCGACAGGCCUCGUGGCCCUUCCCAGACAGUACAACUCCGCUAUGUCGCGCCCGAGCGUGUAUCGGCCAUGCAGUCGCCGUAGCCUGACGCACGGGCAUCGGCACGCAGUUCCGGAGGAGCACGGGGCCUUUCUGUCUGUCUGUGCUGUUAAGCCCUUACCUUUUGCAACCUGGCCUGACGCCGCGAGCCCUGACUCCUCCGGCAUGUAAGAAGCCUCGAGAUAUAUCAAGUUCACCACACACACCGCUUCGGACGUGCUGCAUUUCUCCUGGAUGUGGCCGACGGCGUCGUAAUAGUGGUAGUGGACUUGUCCGAGGAUCUCAGAGUGCACCGGGUUCAGCCUCACCCCACACUCUGUGUGCACACACAACACACACAUACAUGUGCCAUGCGGCGCCACGACAGCUCUGCAUCCAUCGUGGAUCUGCCAUCCAUCCAUCCAUCCAUCCAUCCCUUCACUCACCGUCGGAGUCGUGCGAGUCCUCGGCGUAGAGGUUCUUGCCGUAGGUGAGCGGAAGGGCCAACAUCCCCACGGCCAACAAACCCACCACCAGCUUCCAGAUGAACGACGCCAUCCUCCUGAUGAUUAGAAUGCGCUCAACGGUAACGAGGGCACUAACGUGUUGUCGGACGCUCUAUCGUUUUCCUUCCUUGCCUUGCCCCCGGCCUCCAU